UAUUUUAAAAAUCUUGAUUGAAACCAAUGGAUUUUUAUAGUGGUUUAAAUCAGACCAGUUCUCAAGUUACUGAAGCUUGUUUAUUUUCAAUUUGGAAAAUGUUCUUAAUUUUUUGUUAGAUGGUACAAGUCUGCAUUGCAGCAUUCCAUUUGGGAAAUACUAUAAUCUCAAAGCAGUUCUAUUUCUCAGCAGGUCAGCAUAGCUAAAUUAUUUUUGGUAGGUUUCACUUCUUCUUUUGAAACUUGCCUGUUAGAGCCUUUGGCAAUUUACCUAUUGUGGAGUGGCUCUUGUUCUUAUAUAUUUAAGUGAAUAUCUUUUUAUAUCUCAUAUAUCAGAUUUUUAUCAGGGAAAUUAAAAUCUUUUUUUCCCUCAGACUCAGUUUCCUUUCCUUUAUGAAUGCACUGAUUUUGCUUUUACAAGAACUUUUCAAUUUUGUAUAGUCAACUUGGACAUUUUAUAUUCUAUGAUCAACACUCUUCCUUUCCUCCCUGUGAAAGUUAUUUCUUUACUUCUCUUGUGGAAGUUUCCUUCUAUGACCUAAAAGUUGAGUUUGGAAGCCCCAGCUGUUCAUACAUUAAGUAGUCAGUAAGCCACAGUUUUUUCUCUUUUCCUCUAUGCUACAACUUUGCCCAUACCAUUUUUGCCUUGGGCUGAUGGUCUCCCAUCUAGUCUUUUAUCCUUAACUUUCUCAUGUGUAGGUAUGAGCACCACCUGAGCCUGGGGUAGAUGUAAGUAAUUAUGUGUCAGCUGUGGCAAGUUAGUUAAGUAGAUAUCAUGGUAAGGAUUGCUGUAGGCUUUGAACCAAAACACAGUAUAAAGAGUGAUCCAACAAAAACAGAAUUCACUAUAGUGGCAGUGAGUUGGGUUUAGUAGUUGUCCACCUAUUGAAUUUAUAAGAUGGAUGGCUAUUGCUUGGAAUGCAUUUUAUGAUUCCAAAGCUUUUUUUCUUUAAAGUUGUUGACCCUUUAACUACUGAAUUGCCCUCCUGCUUAUUCCCAGUAUCAGAGCUUCAGAAGGACAAGAUAAAUUGUUGAUUUAAUCACCCAAUAAAGAAGCAUUAAAAAAAUAAAAGCCAGAUACUCUGUUGUGCUUUAGGCUACAAAGCCGGAAAUGAGUCCCUGCUGUGAGUGAGCUUACAUUCUCUCAGAAGAGAAAACAUGGACAUAUGUGGAAAAAAUACAGAAUAAAAAUGAGAUAGUUUAGGAAGUGACAGCAUCAGAAGUUAGGGAGAUUAGGGAAGGCUGAUGCCUUAAAGGAAGUAAGGGAUGCUGCUACAGGGUGAAAUGAGGACAGAGUACUUUGAGACUGUGAAUCUUAAAAUUUCUCAGACUUGUGAAUCUUAAAAAUUCUCAGACUCUACCUUAGAACAUUUGGUUAGGACCAUUCCCCAUUUUAAAACAAUGAAGGGACUUUGGUCAGGAAUAUACUCCACCCAUACUUAGGCAUACUUUAGGGGAAGAUAAAGUUGUAAAACUCCUGAUUGAACAAUGAAAAGUCCCCAACCCAUAUUUAAAGUGAAGCAAGAACCAUUAAGCUAGGUUUAUUUUUAGAUCUAAUACAAAGGGGUGGUGCUAAGAACUAUGAAGAUCAAAUUAAUCAGGCAACUUGCAAAGGACAAGAUUAGUCUACUCAGGUGUAAAUUACUUAAAAGUUUUAGUCUAUUCAGGUGUGAAUUAAGAAUUUAGGUCAGUCCUUUGGAAAACAUCUACUGUGAUUGGUAGACGUAGAAAUUUAGGGGAGGUGACAUAGGAGAAAUUUUUCUUUAAAAGGAGGGAGCUGGAAGGCUCUGAAAAAAGGUUAAUUCAGCUUUGGUAGCUGAGUUGGAGCUUGGACUAGUUGGAGUAGCUGGGUCUCUCUGAACACUAGAAUCUUGCUUGGGACAAAUCUUGUGGUUUUGGUGCCUCUAAUUCUGCUACAGCAAAUGCUGAUGGAAUUGACAAGACGAGGGCAGGAGCCUCUUAGUGCAUUGAUACAGUUUGGUGUGACAUAUCUGGAGGACUAUGCUGCAAAUCAUAUAAUCCAACAAGGAGGAUGGGGCACUAUCUUUAACCUGGAGUCCGAAGAGGAGGACCCUGGAAUGAUUGCAGAGGACAGCAAUGACAUCUACAUCCUCACCAGCGACAAUUCUACGCAGGUCACUCCUCCCGAGUCUCCGAUGGUGAGCUCCUCGUGGCAGUCAGAAAGCUUGCCCGUCUCUCUUUCAGCGAGCCAGAGCUGGCAUACCGAGAACCUGCCCGUGUCUUUGGGGCCCGAGUCCUGGCAGCAGAUCGCCAUGGAUCCCGAAGAGGUGAAGAGUUUGGAUAGUAAUGGUGGCGGGGAAGAGAGAAGUGAGAACAACUCUUCCAAUUCUGACAUCGUGCACGUGGAGAAAGAGGAAAUACCAGAGGGAAUCGAAGGGGCCGCUGCGGCUGGGCCACUGCAGGUUCCCGAGCACUUCCCGGAUGCCCCCGCCCCCUUGCUCCCAGACAUCACUGCCACUUCCUUGGGACGGGCCCCAGACACUGUUGCCCUGGAGAAAACCAGCCCUGCCACAUUGUCCUUUGUAGAACUUGAGGAAGAGGAGCUCCGAGCAGCAAAGGAGAAGCCCAGUCAGCCCCUGCUGAAACCAACCCCCAAAGCUGAUGAAGCGCUUCCUCCCCCAGAGCUGAAGAAAAUACUGCCUCAGGAAGGAGAGAUAACAAUAAGGAAGGAGGGUCUCUCUGAAGACCUCUCCCCAGCCGGGGAAGAGAAGCAUCUUCUGCUGCCAGAGGGCAAGUCCAUCUUGCUGUAUGGCGGCGCUGCUGCGGUCGCCAUGUUGGCAGUGGCGGUUGGCGUGGCUCUGGCACUGAGAAAGAAAUAGCGGAUUAUCCAAAGGGAAGGAAAGCACAAGGAUGACUUGGAGAGACAUUACUAACGCAAAAGUCCGCAGGCAUGUGUUCAUCCUGUGGAUUCAGACACUGGAAGCAUGAGAGAGAAGGGUUAACUUAGUGGAAUCGGUUGGAAAUUCCUGGGAGGGAAAGAAUUAGUGGCAGACGGCUCGAGCAACUGACCUGUCUGUCAUUUCCCCCCUGGAAUUUCUGGUUUUCUUAAGGUCCUGUCUGUGGUCGCCGCCACAGCAGCCCUCCCUUCUCCUUCCCCUCCUCUCUGUCCUGUGGUGUGGGGGAGCUCCCUGGUGUUUUAGCUGCCUCUCAGGUUCUGCACUGCUCCUUUCCAUCCCCGAGUUUCUUCUCAGUCCCCAUGGGAGAGUGCUUGCUCUAUACCUCUGCUCUUACCAGGCAAGUCCCCAAAGCUUUCUACAGCUCUGCCUUGUCAAGAUGCUGCCUUUAGAACUCUGAAAACUCCCCCAGACCAGAGACAACCCAGGCUUUCUUAAGCAGGCCGAGCACAGGGCAAGUCACUACCCAUCCGAAGGAGGAGUUUGUCUCUCUUGGAGGCCGAAGGGCAGACCAGGUGACCUGCCGCGGUCCCUUUUUAGGAUCAUCCUUUUCACUUUUCCUCCUUUCCCUCAGGGGCAGGAUCACUUGUCUGGGACAUUUGCUGAUUGUCCAGCCCCUGGCAGGUCACAAUCCAGUGGGACAUUCCCAUUGUUUAUGGAGCCAGCUGACAACUGUCGUUAAGUACAGAAAGUCAUCCAAAUCUGUUGAAGUCAAGCCAAGAACCUGGGGGACCUCUAAAGUGAAAGACUAAGGCCUACUCUGAGGUGUUAGUUAGGCCUGGUCCUUCCAGGAUGGGGUCGCUUUCGUCUUGGUUUCUUCAUGCUUCUUGCUACAAAGUACAGUGAUAAACCAAAAGGUCAUCAAAGCAAUGGAUCCCAGCCAGUAUAGUUUCCAUUCUACAUAAUCUCUCUCCCAUCUCUUUGGCAGUUUUAAAUUCCUUCCCCAAAAGAGGGGUAGAAUAAUGUCAUUUUAUGCUUUUAAGGUCACAGUGUCAUUAUGGAGGUGGCACAUGCCUAAUACAGAAAGCUAUCUCACACUCAUCAGAAAAUGUAAAUUACUUUUUUUGAUCGUGUAAUUUGUAAUAAAAUUACUUUAAAAAACAUCUACCUAAACGGAUCACAUAAACCUUUGUGUUUUAUGUGUACUUUGUUUUUGCAUUUUUUUUUUCACUUAAAAAAAUUCUUUCUGGAGCAAUACUAUUUCUUAGUUGGCCAAGAAAAUAACUAAAAAUGUGUUUGUUUAGCUUCUGUAGUUCUAUAGACACAUUGUAUGUCGCCAUUUCUGAGGUUUGCUGUAGGAAAUUGCUAAGGGUUUUGUGUUCUCUGGGUUUUAGUGUAGCUCAAGCAAUAGCUAGAAUCAGCACAAUUUCAAAUUAAUUAAAAACCAGAAAACUCCUUGAAUGCUGUUCUUUUGAGAUAAUGGCAGUCAGAUUUAGUUUGUAUGCAUUUUAAUUUUUGCAUCUUGAGUUUGUCUUUUUAUUCAUAUAUCACUGGUGACUAAAAUAAGAAUGAAGAGAACUGGUUAGUUUAUCUUUUUAAAAUAAUAAAAUAAAAUUCUCUAUGGUCAUAUUUUCAAAUCCUGGGCUUCAGCAGGUGCUGAAUACAUUAAAAAAGCACUAAUAAAGGCAAGACCAGGUUUUUUAGUUGUUAAUUAGUGGAAUUUUGACUCUGUGUGUGUGUGUUGGCUUGCUUGCUUUUUCCCUUGAAGAAAAGGAUAAGAAAAGAGAGGGGACUAACCUACGUAGUGAUUGUUUUAGCUCAAAUAGGAUGAGUUUAUGUUGGCUUUUCCUUCUGUUGAACUCAACCUAUUUUUUGCCAAAUCUGCUGUAUAAGUUAAGUAGCAGUUUCUUUCCCUCCCCUUAGCUUUCGAAGACUGUUUUUUGGUUCUUGGGUCGUGUGCAUUGUCUACAUUGCCUUUCUAACUCCCUAAGAAGUCAAAAUUAAAGUGAAGAUUCAAGACAGAUUUCAUUUGUUUCUGGAAAUCACCUUUUUAAUCUUCAGACAUCUCCUCUUGUUUGCUUGUGUAGAAAAAAGGGUGCUUCCAUUCUUUGGAAUACUGAAGAAUACAUUUUUUUUUAUUCUGUUUUCUAUUGCAUGGUUUGAAUGGGGUAUUUAUCUCCUUAACAGCUUAUUUUAACACUUAGCAAAGAGCCAGGCCGCAAAUCUAGAAAUAAGAAUUUGAUCCUUGUUUCUAUGUUAAGGUAAAUUAACAUUUUCUUCCCCAGAGCCUUCCCCCUGCCAUAAUGCAGGGUAUUCUGUGGGUGCUAAAUUAAUUGUAGUUGAUAACUAGGAAAAGAGACACUUCUGGGGGAAAGGUGCAAGUGUUAAUCAUUUCUUUUACACAAUUUUCACCCUGAGGCAUCUUUGAACCUUAGGUAUCUUCCCUGCACCCUUUAUUUUUAACACAAUCCUGGAAAGUUCAGACACUGACUGCUAUAGAUUUGGGUGUUUUUUUUUUCUUCUUCUUGUUGAUAGAGAAAUAAUCAAUGGACAUAGUCAGCAGCCUUGGUACGGGUGUAGUCUGUGUUCUACUGCUGACUUACUGUAUAAUUUCACUGGUUGAUGCUAUAAUUUCCUCUUUAGUGAAGUAAACUUAAUAGUUGAUUCUUGUCUAUUUUCUGAAGGUGAUUAUGAAGUAACAUAAUACCUUAAGAAAUUUCUAGCAUUUUUGGUCAGAAAUUCUCCAAAAGGAAAGGGAUUAUUGAUAGAUUAUCUUUCCCUUGUUUCAUUCUGCGAUAGCCACCCUCAUGAGUUUUUUCUCUUAGUCACCAUGUAAGAAUCUACAAAGAACUUGAAUUGAUGAUGACAACUAUAAACUCUGAGACCCCAAAAGGGUGGCCUGUGGAGUUGAGCACUCUUUUACUAGAGAAACUAUUUGUUUGCAGCUUAUGAUUUUUGUGAAACAUUUAAACUUUGCGGGUAUUUUCCCUUUACAUAAUUGUCAUUAGGAAAAUAUUCUCUCCUUUCCCUUGGAGUAUCAUGUGAAAUUCUUCCCCUCCCUGCCAAUCUUCACUGAGAAAGUUGAUCUCUGAUGUGAUUGACCUAAAUUUAGGAUAUACUUAUUUCCAGGUGAGAAUUUUAUACAAGGUUGUGAGCAUGUCCAUGUUCAUGACUAAAUUAACACUGGCCCGGAGUUAAUGAGGGAGGCUGUGAAGCUUUUUUUUCUCCACAGUUAUUCAAGAUUUUGGUUAUCUCCAUCAAAAACCUCAUAGGAUCAAGGACUUCUCUUAGAAAUGAAGCAGUAGAAAACAUUAGGGGGUGAUACAUUUUUGUUUGGCUUUUAAAGGAACUGCUCUGAAAUUUUGUGUAUUAUCAGGGAGAGAGUUUUCAUCUUUCAAAUAAAGGUCCUGGUCUAGAUGAUCGCUGACAUCCCUUCUAGCUCUGACCUCUUCGAUCUUAUGGUGGAGUUUAUUAAAUCCUGGGAGAAACAUCAGGAGAUCAUUUAAAAUUUGCUAGUGUAGGAAAGUAGUGUACCCAUCUUUCAUUAGUUUUAUAAGUUAGAAAAAUAGUUCUCACCACUACCCAUCUUUUUAUUAGUUAUUAGAAAAAUAAUGACCUUAAAUUUUAAGUGUUUUUAUAUGUAUUUUAGGAGCUUACAGUUUUGGGGAGUAGGGAUCAUGCCAUCAUUCUCGCACCUUUCUUUGAACUCACUGUUCUCUCCUUUUUGUUUUUUUUCUUCCACAAUUCACAAGUCAACUGAGGGAACCUGUCACCACUUCUUAGCCCAAGUGGAGUCAGUGCCUGCUGUCACAUAAGUAACUUAGUUUUUUAAUUUCCAUCUUAACUCAGUCAAGAAAGUUGGGUUAGGUAUAUGUUGGGCCAGUGUCUGACAUUUGUCAGAACUUUGAUUCAGUGUUGAUUCUCUUGCACAAACCUGGGAGGAUGACCUAUUGCCAGGUAACCUGGGACUAUAGUAAGAUAAAAGGAUGAAUCAUGGCUAAAGGGUGAAUACCUAUUUUGAGAAGCCAAAACUUAUUACCUUUUGAUGUCACUCAUUAAAGAGAAAUAUGUAGGUUGGUAGGCUUUUUCAUAAGGGGCUUCCAUUCCUGCCUCUCCUUAUCUGAACCAGAAGAGCCAGCCCACUCCAUGAGGCUUCAAAGCAGUGAAAUGCAGCUCCUCUCACUCCUUUUUCUGACUAUUGGGUGAUUCUAGCCUAGACGGAGAUGGCUGUUGUCAGUAACUGGAAAUCGCUGGACCCUUAUGUUUACACUACAUAUAGCCACAGUCCUGUGGCUUCUUAAUAUGUAGAGCUCAGGUUGAAAUUAUGCUCAGGGACGUCUGCUAGGCAUUGCAGUAGACCAGAAAAUGGAGAAGGCUUACAGCUGCUUUUUUUCCCCUUGUUUCACUAUAGCAGAGAGGAUCAUUCGUGAUGACCACUUAUCAUUUAUAAACUCCCUCUGUAUUGCUGGGAAGAGGGAGAGCUAACUAAAAACUUUUCUGUUUAGAGUAAAAUUGUUCAUAUUUAAGGUAUCUGGCUUCUUCCUUCCCUUGGGGCAAGGAGGAAAAUGAGCAUGUCAUUUUGUGAACUAAUAGAAUUGUUCCUGGUACCUUCUAGUAGAAGCAAUGAGCUUUGAAGGGAAUUUUUUGAUCAGUUCUUUCUAGAUCUGUGUUUUGUUGCUCUUGUCUAUUUUUUUUUCCUCUUUCUUCCUUCAGAUUAAGUGCCUCACUUCCUGUCUAACCAGUUUCCCAACUGGUUUUGUCUUCAUUAUGUUCUCAUCUCAGACACUAGAAUUCAAUGAGAAUUUAGUGAGUAUGAAAUCUCACAAUCUUGCUUGUUCUUUUCCUAUUUAUACCACAGUCUGCAUUCACAUUAUUCCAGCAUCCAGUUUAUCUACUUUAUACAUGGUUCUUUAUUUUUCUUCUUCUUUCCUGUUGCUUGUCUUUUGGCCAUUUCUCCCCUUGCUAUGUAAAGGGGUCAAAAACCAGAAACAAAAAAUCAGUUGGUUUCAUUUAUUAACAAAGGAUUUGUGGGCGGGCAGUUUAGGACUAAUGACCAACUGAAGCGUUAGGGACAUCUCUCAGUUUCUAUGACCCAUAGAGAAUUUGCGGCACUAGACCCCAGUCAGUACAAAGAUCUCUAAAUUGGCCAUCCCCCAAAGCCAGACUCUGGGAAGGGCUCUUGUACCUGAACACCCCUUAGCAACUGAGAUGGCAGGUUGGAAAGAUUUGUGAUUCCAAAUCCAUCAUCUGGCAUCCAGAAGCCCGAUGUCUUUGGAGGAAAGAGCUUUUUACCUUUUUCACUAGAGACAAAUGAAAAGCUAUUCUCUGAAUUUGAUAAGCCAACCUUCACUUGUCUACAUUUGGAUCAUUGAUGGCCAAUUAAAAAUCCUCCAGCUCAUCUGAGUGAAGUGCUGCUAUCUGGUGUGAACUCAUCUCGAAAACUGAUUUUGAUGCUUUUAUAAUGGUAGUCGGGAACAAGACUAAUGACUGUUACAGGCUCACUAUGUUGCAUUAGAUUUUUAAAAUUAUUUAUCUAUUUUAUAGUUCUAUUUAUGUCUGUGUAAUCAUUGUAUUUGGUGGUUGAAUCCUCACUUAACUGAAACAAAACAUCUUGGGAAACGAGAUCUAUUGUAAAAGUUAUUUGAAUCAAUUUCUAUUUUGAAUUAUUUAAAAUCACCACCCAUGACUAUCACUGGCAGUUUAUGGUUGACAACUUAUAUUUUAAUCUUUUUUUCUCUGAAAAUUUCUUUACCAUUUCCCCAAUUGAAGAACUUUAUUGUAUGACUACAUAAUGCAUAGAAAAUGAACAAAGCAAAUGUGAACAGCCUGAGUCCCUCAUCUUGACAUAUACUGAUUUAUUUUCAUCAAUAAAUUACUUUUUCCUGGGUCUAGUGUUUAAAACCCAAGAAGCAGUUCUCAGUUCAACGUUCUGUGUCUUUUCAAUCUGGUGACACUAUUCAUUUUAGGGAGCUCUAUUCACUUUGGGAUCUGUUUGCUCAACCAGGGCUGAAGAUGGGAACUUCUAUUUUUUCUGUAACAUUCUAGCUCUUCAACUUCAUUUGAGCCCUGAAGAUGACCUCCAUUGCCUUAAAUUCUUGAACCUCCUAUUCCUAUGAGGGUUCCUAAUGGGAUUUGCGAGCUCUUGAGAUGCUCUUCUGACAAUCACAUGUAGCAGCCCCAAUGGAUGGAUAAGGGAACGGGGUCCGGAGAGUGCUAGCCCGAGCUUGCCCUUGUGGGUCUUUUCUCGGCACAAGUUCUGUUACUAGACUUUGCAGGUAACUCUCCGGCUUGCUUGGUUUCCAACCACUUGUUUUAGCGACAACCUAUUCCACGUCCUCCGUAAGCUGUUAGACUGGAGCUUAUUCCUUUUAAAUAUCGUUUAAUGUUGUGGUAGACAAAAAGGAAAAAAAGGAUUCCCCGUGUGGAUCAGUGAUCUCAAAGCGCACGUGUGGGCUUGGAUGGAAGCGCACUUCGUGUCCCUUUCACAAUGAAUGAGAAGCCCACCAGCUUUUCCGGGCUGCCCACUCCGAAAGGCUUCCUUUGGCCCGCUGGGGCCCCCUAGACCAGGCGGAGGUGUGUGAGCACUAAUGCAGACGCGGCCACUCUGUCUCCCCUUCGAAGAGCCCUCGUCCUCCCUACCCUCAGCAGCCGCGGGGCUAUUUUUCCCUCUCUCUGCAGCCUCGUUUGGCGUCGGGGAUUAGGAAGGAAGGGGCAGAUGGCCCGCAGCUCUCUCUGUCUCCGGCCACUCUAGCCCCCGGGGAUAAGCAAAGAGGGGGGCGAUCACGUGUCUCAAAGCGCGCCGACCCGGGGGACAACCUUUUCCUGGUCACCAAGUGAAAACGGAAAUAACCUCCUUACCCGUCAUCACCCGUUCUCACUAUGUCCUAGUUGGAGUUGGGUGUUACGGCCGAUCCGUGGUUUGAGAGUGAGGUUUGAAAUUUCAAAGCCAUUCGUGCCAUGGGUUUGUUUUUUUUAAACUGGAAGAAUAUUUACUUUUUUCAGUGUUAAGACAUUUUCUGUCUAGUGAAUUAUACUUAGCUUCUACAGGGUAUGUGCAUCUUUCCCCUCCCCUCCCCUUUAGAGGGAGUACUGCUUGCUGUAAGACCAUACUGAAGGUUGCACUUUAAUAAACAAUAAAAUUCUUUUUUAAA